AUGGAACCAAGAAACAAUGUGACUGAAUUUGUCCUCUUGGGUCUCACUCAGAGUCCCUUUGGUCAGAAAAUAUUAUUUGUUGUGUUCCUGCUGAUCUACAUGGUGACAUUAUUCGGAAACUUACUUAUUGUGGUGACUGUGGUGGUCAGCCCAACGCUGGGUGCCCCAAUGUACUUCUUUCUUGGUUACUUAUCAUUCAUGGACGCUGUUUAUUCGACGACGGUGACCCCAAGUAUGAUUAUAGACUUACUUUAUGAGAAGAAAACCAUUUCUCUCCAGGAUUGCCUGACUCAGAUUUUUGUACUGCACUUGUUUGGGGGAGUGGAGAUUUUAAUUCUCGUGUCCAUGGCCUUUGACCGCUACGUGGCUAUCUGCAAACCCCUGCAUUACAUGACCAUCAUGAACCGACGGGUGCGUUUUCUGCUGCUGCUGUUAGCCUGCGUCGGAGGGUUUGUGCAUGCUAUAACACACCUUCUCUUUGUUUACAACCUUCCCUUCUGUGGUUCUAAUAUCAUUGACCACUUCAUGUGUGACAUAUAUCCCUUGUUAAAACUUGCCUGCACUGACACCUCUAUCAUCGGUUUUACAGUGAUUGUCAAUGAUGGAGCUGUUUGCAUAAUCAUCUUUUUGCUGUUACUCAUCUCUUAUGCAGUAAUUCUUCACUCCCUGAAGAACCUGAGUCAGGAAGGGAGGCGCAAAGCCCUAUCCACCUGCGGCUCUCACAUCACCUUGGUGGUCCUGUUCUUUGUCCCCUGUAUCUUUACAUAUGUCCGACCUCCUUCCACUCUGCCCAUUGAUAAAUCAUUGACUGUGUUCUACACUAUCAUUACUCCUAUGUUGAACCCCUUAAUCUAUACUCUGAGAAAUGCUGAGAUGAAAAUUGCCAUGAAGAAACUUUGGAGCAGUAUAAGAAAAUGA